AUGAGCCUCCGACUUCCUCCUUAUCCAUCCCAUGCCGAACACCCAUCCACCGCCAUGGAGGUCGAGUCGGGCCCCUCCCAUGGAAAACAGGCUGCCUGCCUGAAUUGCCGACGGAGUAAGAUACGUUGCAACCGUCCCACAGAGGACUCUCAAUGUGAGAAAUGUAGGCAGUCCGACAUGGAGUGCAUAGUGCCCAGCCAUCACCUCGGCAGACAAAAGGGUGUCAAAAACAAACGUAAGGGCUUGGAAAAGGCAAUUCAUCAGAUCGAACAGGCCAUUAAGAGGCCUAAGGUUGACCCCUCGGAGAACGAGGAUGCCCAAAAGGCCAUUUCCGGGUUGCAAGAAUUGCUCAGCCAGAUGCAGGGGCAGAUGAUGCAAAGUGAGGAGGGUUCCCUCGAGACAGAGCAGCCGCGCAAUUUACCGUCCCCUCGUGCGGCUCAUGAGGAGAGCCUGACUCUGGAUGAUGCGGAAAAUCCACUGCAGCUGCUUGCGAGGGCGUCGGAUCUCCAACUCUCUCCGACAGGUAUGCGGCAUGUGCCGAAAUCACCAAUGCCCAUGUCUCUUCCGACCUUGUUCCAGGAGAAAGUUCCCCCAGAACCAAGUGCCAAGUCGUUCUUUGUUCCAGCCCGCGCGAACCUGGACAUCGGCCCCGAGGUUGACCCCGUCGAUCUGGGGUUGGUAACAUUCGACGAAUCAGAGUCAUUAUUUUCAUUUUUCUAUCAAAAUCUGGCGCACACCCGAUGGGGUCUCGAUCCACUGGUCCACGUUCCGUCUUUUGUGCGCGCUCAGUCGGCCUUUCUUUUCACUUCCAUCAUGGCGGGAGCCGCUUUAUUCCUUCCAUCGGCUGCCGCUCUCUCAACUAGGCUGUCCAGGCACUGCAAAUGGCUUGCGAAACGCGUGAUCGCCAAUCGACACAGAUCCGUCGAGAUCGUUCUGGCUUUUAUGGUGAAUGUACCAUGGAUGUCCCCCGGCGAUAGCUUGGGGGAUGAUGACACCUGCUCAUAUAUUGCGAUGGCAUUGACUGUCGCUCUGGACCUAUCAUUGAAUAAGAUUGUCUCGCCGUCUUCCAGCUUUGAUCAAGGGCUUUUAAGUCGCCUGGCGCGUGCAGACUGUAUAGAUGCGAAGCGGGCUUUGCAUAUGGAUGGGUUCGACGAUGUUGACCCAUCAUCGGAGUGGGGGGUUCGCUUGCUUCGAAGACGUGAAAGAGCAUGGAUUGCAUUAUAUGUGGUUGAGAGGGGUGUAUGUCUCGCACGCGGAAGAAGCUAUACAGUUCCACCAACAACACUCAUUGAGAACUGUGACCGUUGGCAUUUGUCAAACGUUGCAGAUCUGCGUGAUGGACCCAUGAACUCAAUGGCAGUUCUCCGAAGAGAUCUUGAUGGUCUUUUCAAAAAAGUGAAAUCAAGCUGUGACAGUCACCGAAUCGUGGAUACUGGUUCAGAAGUCGCUCAAUCAAUCAAGAAGACAAUUGAAACCUUUUACGAACGGUGGUAUGCUACCUGGGCUCCAGCGAUUGGCGAAAGGGGGUCUCGCUCCCUCCCUCCAUACGUCGAAAUUCUGGUUACGCACACCCAGCUUUCCACCUACGGUGGUGUCAUCAACCACCCAACAGCCCCGGUUGAAGUGAAACGAUUCUUCCGAGCAGCUGGGUUAUCUUCUGCCCUGAAUGUUCUGCGAGCAGCAACCCAGGGCGAGUCCCGACUGAAGUCAAUGCCCAACAACACGGUCAUCAUGAUAUCUUUUGCCGCCUGCUCUGCUCUAAGUCUCAGUGUGACACCUGGUGAUAGUAGGUCCAGCCUGGCACCCAGUGUUCGAAACCUCAUCGAAGAAACAGCCGGGGUCCUCGAAAGAAUUGGUUCAACGCCAAGCCACCGGAGUGGUGCUUCAGUACUCUACGGCAGGUUUCUACGUGAGCUGAUUAGAAGAGCACCGACGAUAUACUCCCAGCCUGAAGCACAUCCCAGAGCCGAACCCACGCUCCACAUGAACCAGAUCCCACGGCUGCCAGAGGAGCUUUGGUCUGAGCCAAUGCAUUUCUCGGCCAUGUCUGACAACCAAAUUGUCGAUGCGGUCAACCGUGCCGGCACGGCAUUUGGUGCUUCGAUUCCGGACGUUCCGCUGGAUGACAUGCUCGAUUGGGAUUGGCUUGAUUUUGCCAAUACGGAUUUUAAUCUUUGA